UCACGAGUGCCAUGGAAUUUGGCCGAAUUUGCGUAAUUUUCUGCGUGUUGAGUGUUGUUGACAAACAAAGUUUCUGUUCGUGAUUUCCAUGUUACUUCAGGAAAAAAUAAAUUUUAUUGAAUUUACCCGAGAAACUCAGUAUUAAAGCAGCGGAAAUGAGCCUGGAUGACGGUGAGGAUGUUGAAUCGGCUCUGGCAUGCACGGCAGAACAGUUGGAAGCAGAGGACAAGAAAAACGAGACCCAGAAGGAAGACAGCGCAUUGGGCGAGCUUGUGGAUGCCGAAGAAUUCUUAGCAUCGGAAGGAGUCUCCAUGCUGGAAUAUGAGCGGCAAAUGUUCUUUGAUUUGCUUCAUUCCGAUGGUUUGGUGGUAUGUGCAAAGGGAAUAAGCUAUGAGAAAGUGUUGCUCAACUUUCUGAAGAUGUUUUGCGAUCCAACGACACUGGUGUUAGUGGUGAACUGUUCCGACUCCGAAGAGCGAUUAUAUACCUCGCAGCUUGAUCCUCGGCACAUCCACGAGUCUUCCACAAACGCUGCAGAACGUGAAUAUGUUUAUAAACAAGGUGGUAUACAGUUCAUCAGCACGAGAGUGUUAGUUGUGGAUUUGCUGAAAAACCGAAUUCCGAUUGAGUACAUAACAGGAAUUUUCGUGGUGAAGGCCCAUGAAAUUAUCGAAUCAUGUCAGGAAGCGUUCGCCCUUCGCUUGUACCGCCAGAGGAACAAAACGGGCUUCAUUAAGGCGUUUUCGAAGAAUGUCGAAGCUUUUACGUACGGAUACGGUCAUGUAGAGAAAGUCAUGCGUAAUUUAUUUGUUAAAGAGCUUUUCAUUUGGCCACGGUUCCAUGCCACCAUUCAAAAGUCACUCAAACCGUGGGAACCCAUCGUCGUGGAAAUGCAGAUCCCUAUGAGCCAGAACAUGAUUCUGCUGCAAACGAACAUUUUGGACAUUAUGAACUACCUGGUUAAGAACAUAAAAAGCCUGAACCGGACCGUGGAGUUGCAGGAGGUAACGGUGGAGAAUUGCGUCACGAAAAAGUUUCACAAAAUCCUCCAGGCCCAGUUGGACACGAUUUGGCACCAGCUGAGCUCGCAAACGAAGCUCAUAGUGGCGGAUUUGAAAGUGCUCCGCAGUUUGAUGAUCUCAUCUAUUUACCAUGAUGCGGUCACUCUUUACGCUACAAUGAGGAAAUAUCGUUCGACUGAGUAUGCUCUCAGCAAUUCCGGGUGGACCAUUUUGGAUUCGGCAGAGAAAAUGUUCAAUCUGGCUAAGGAGCGUGUGUUCAACAAGAACGAUGAACUCGAGCCUGAACUCUGUCCUAAAUGGAAAGCACUGACCGAAGUACUCCGGCAAGAGAUCCCAACGGAUAUAAAGGAAACAGCAAAGAAAAUUCGCAACAAAGAUGAACGUCAAAAGUAUCUCCAUCAGCAGGUCAAGGUGUUGAUACUAUGCCAAGAUGGCAGGACGUGCUAUCAGCUGAACCAAUACCUAACGCAAGGACCGCAAAAGUACCUGUUCUACAAUGCAAUGAAAAACGAUGUGACCGUUACAAAGUUAGCCGAAUCCUAUCGUCAUUUCCAUUCGGAUGACGAUCGGGGUGCAUACAAUGUACAGAAUGUUGAAACUUUUGUGAAACCCAAAGUGGCGCCUAAACAGCAAUCGGCUCCUGAAGAAUCAGCCGGUACAUCGAAGGGUAACUUCUUGCGAGAAAGGAUUGCAAAGCGUCGGGCUGAAGCUGCUAAGAAGGCCGAAGAAGAUUCGAAAGAUCAAGAUGAGGGAGGGAGCUCAAAAAUGUCUGAAAUGGAAGCCGCUCUGUUGGACAAGGAAGAGCAGGAAGAAUACCAGUGCUUCAGGAAUUCCUACAUACUAACAAUGUCUCAGAAAGGCGAUGCCAAUCGGACCGUUUCGGACGAUGGCGAGGAGGACGACCUAUGCGACGUCACCCAACUGGAAUGCGGUGAAUUCGAAUCAUUUCCGGAGAUGGAAAAUAUGGACGUCACGAAGAUUGUGACCGACAGUAACAAACCCAUGGUGUUCAUCCAAACGUUCAAAAGCGAAAUCAACGGUAUGACUUCGCUGGAUCGCACCUUAGAGGAGAUCAAACCUCGCUACGUUGUACUGUACCACAGCAAUGUCACGGCCGUUCGGCAGAUUGAGGUCUUCGAAGCGAGGCAGCUGCGCCAGCAACUGUCCCGGGUGCGCGUGUUCGUUAUCAUACACUCGAAAACAGUCGAAGAGCAGUCGUACCUGACGGCACUGCGGAGAGAAAAGCAAGCUUUCGAGUUGCUCAUCGAUACCAAAAGGACUAUGGUCGUGCCGGAGUACCAGGAUGGACGAUCCGAGGACGCAAUCACCAUGCUGCAAAAGAAGCAGGAGGUGUCCACGCGACAGGCCGGUGGCCAAGCAGUUCCUACCGAAAGCAUCGUCACGCCUCGCAUAAUCGUUGACAUGCGAGAGUUCCGUUCGAAUCUUCCAUGCUUGAUCCAUCGUCGCGGGAUAGAGGUGGUGCCCCUUACGAUUACGAUUGGUGACUACAUUCUGACGCCAGAAAUAUGCGUCGAACGGAAGUCCAUUUCCGAUCUUAUAGGGUCGCUCAACUCGGGCCGACUCUACAACCAGUGCGUUCAAAUGACCCGGAGCUACGCCAAACCAAUACUUCUUAUUGAGUUCGAUCAAAACAAGCCCUUCCACCUGCAGCGACACUUCAUGAUGUCUGGCGAUUCGGGCUCUUCCAAUGCAUACAUAAUGCAAAAGUUGCAGCUGUUGACUCAGCACUUUCCUAAGCUGAAGCUCGUGUGGUGUCCGAGUCCGUACGCCACGGCUCAACUGUUCGAAGAACUGAAACAAGGUAAGCAAGAACCAGAUCCGGACGUGGCUACGCUGCUCGGAUCCGAUGAGGCAGGAGAUGAAGGGGACAAUAUCGUGGAUCGUACGAAUCCCAACAUUCAUGAUUUCUUGAUAAAACUGCCAGGGAUUAGUUCUCGAAACAUCGGCAAAGUGAUGAGAAAGUGUAAAAAUUUGAAGGAGCUGCGCGACAAGACCGAGGAGGAGUUGGAAGAACUGUUAGGCAGUAAAGUACAAGCCAAGAUGAUGUGGGAAAUUUGGCAUGUAGCCCAUAAGCCUGUUCAGGAGGAGGCCGGAGAGAAGCAAUUUGCCGCAAAGUUUAAACGUGGAUUUGGAAAAAGGGCGUUCUAAGAUCAGUAGUUGAGGGGUGAUAAUAAAGUUGAAAUUGUUAGAAUAA